AUGGGUAGUGGUAUCUUUACUCAAAAUGGGGAACAAUGGCAGCACUCACGCGAGCUUCUACGACCACAGUUCAUGAGUAACAGGAUUGAGAACUUCGGACAGAUUAAGUAUGCUGUGGAUACGCUUAUCGAUUGCGUCCCUGAAAAUGGAGUUGUGGAUCUCCAGCCACUCUUCUUUCGCCUCACUUUCGAGGCCACCCUGUUCUUACUAUUUGGAAAGCAUCUGCCAAGUCUGAAGUCUGAAGGAAUAACAGGCCGCGAAUCCGAGUUUGCAGACGCUUUCAACCGAGGCCAGGACUACCUUGCACAACGAGGACGUCUAGGUGACCUUCACUGGCUUAUUUGGGGGGAAACUUUCAAAGAGUCUGUAAAAUCUGCCACGAUUUUGUCGAUGGUGCUGUCAAGAAGGCUCUGGAUCUUUAUGAUCCGCCGAGGACAGAUUCAAGUGAAUCGUACACCUUUGUCGACGCUCUUAUCCAAGAAAACAAGAAGUCCAAAGGUUCUGAGAGACCAGUGUCUGAAUAUUCUUUUGGCUGGAAGGGACACAACAGCAUCCUGUCUCACAUGGACAAUACGCCUCCUUGUCCAGCAUCCUGAAGUUCUUGCCAAACUACGCCACGAGAUUGAAACUACCGUCGGUGUGGGCUCGGGUGCAUCAGACCCCGUAAUCAGUCAGGUGAAGAAGUUACCGUAUCUAUCGCUCGUAAUCAAAGAAGCUACGAAGACGACCACUCUUCCCACAGGAGGAGGGCCUGAUGGAACAGCUCCAGUCCUAGUCCGAAAGGGCGAAGCAGUCGGAUAUUGCGUCUAUGCAAUGCAUCGCCGCAAAGACCUUUUUGGGUCUGAUGCCGAUUGUUUCCGCCCUGACCGCUGGGAGAAUGACGCUCUGAAAGAUGUCGGAUGGGGAUAUUUACCUUUCAACAGGGGUCCGCGGGUGUGUUUGGGCCAACAGUUUGCCGAGCUGGAGGCUUCAUACACUGUCGUCCGGUUGCUACAGAUGUUUGAAACCAUCGAAAUGACAGAGGAAAAGCCGUUCAAAAUACCAGUGGGUCAAGAAAGGCAGGUUCUGACUUUGGUCGUGUCAAGUGGUGAUGGUUGCUGGGUUCGAAUGAAAAGAUAUGAGGUAUAA